CACAGACACAACUUUUUUGACGUUUUAUUUAUAACCCUACUUUUAUAUUAUGUUGUUUACUUCAUUGUAAAUUAAAAAUAUUAUGGAAAAUGAUUUCAACCAACGCCAAAGCCACUCAUGGUCUUCAAGAAAUAUUGUCAAAAUUCGAUGAUGCUGAUUUGCAUAUACUUACAACAACAGUGACACAGGGAUUGCUGAAAAAUAAAAUUAAAAGCAGACAAGAGGCUAUAAAUGCAAUAUUGCAAUAUUCACCUGAUGCCCAAAGUAUCUUAAAAAGAAAAAUAGUUACAAAAGAGAUAUUAUUCUCAUAUCUGCAUGAACAAAAUGUUCCUGUUCAGCUUCCUUUAAAAAAAACUGAUCUUAUAGAAAAAAUAGCAGAAUAUUGGAAGUUGGAGAAAAGUUUACAAUUUUUAACUUAUAGUGAUAGUGACCAAAGUAGUAAUUUCUCAAGCAACUCGAGCAAGGAAAAAAAUGAUUCUGAAUUGUUGAUAGUUUCAAAUGAUAGUUCUGAAGUAAAUACUGUUGAAAAAAAUGGGACACAAGAAAGCAAUGUGGAAGAACUGGCCAAUCAAUUUGUAAAAUGGUUUUAUUCAAUGGUAAAUGAAAAAGAAGAUAUUUCAGAACAUUUUUACCCUGAUGCCAAGUGUAAAAUAACAUGGUUUGACCAGGGAAUAGAAACAACAAAAAAUGUUGAGAAUAAUCCAAAAGACAUUGAUGAAGUUCUGAGGUACCUCAAGCUUCAAAAUGACAUGUACUUUAAUCCAAACUUUUCUAAAAAAGCCAUUCAAGGAAGAAUGGAUCCUCAUGGAUUAGUAAUGGUUUUAGUUUGUGGCACACUGCAUUCUAAAGAUAAUUGCAUAGGUGUAUUCGAACAAGUAUUUGCUUUAGCUAGAGACCCUUUUUGUGAUAAUAAUUGGAAAAUUAAAAAUACUGAACUAAAUUUAAGAAUUAAAAUUGUGAAUGCUUUACCCAGCUUAAGUGACAGUGAACUUACCAAUAAUGUAUUAUGUAGAUUAGCAAAAUAAAUUUUAAUCAUUAA